AUGCAGGGAAAUAAAAAAUUUAAUGGGUUAUAAAGCAAAAUUCAUGAAUAUUAAUAAUAUGAAAAUUAACUAAAUGAUGAAAUUUAGUAAUUUUCAAAAAUUUUUAAAAUAAUUUAUUUGAAAGACUUUGAACUUUAAAAAAAUAGUAACAUUAGCUCUGUAUUUAAAAAAAUGUUGCAAUCGUUAGGAAGUGGAGAAAGAGAUUAACAAUACCAAUAUCUAAAAAUAUUUAAAUUCAACCUUCAAUAUAAAUGAUAAAGAUAUUUAGGAUGAAUGUAAUAAUGUAAAAAUACUAGAUAAAUUAUCAAUGAUAAAUUUUAUUAGAAAGUAAUCAGACCAAAAAUCAUAGAUAUAUGUAAUAUUUUUAGAGAUAAAUGCAAAUUCACAGAACCAAUAGAAAUAAUUUUUAAUGAAUAGUAUAUUGCCAUUUGAACACUAAUAUAGAGCAAUUUAGUCACAAGCUAGCUUAUAUUAAAUGCAGAAUUAGGUGAGUUAAUAUUAAGUUGAAUAAAUUGAAUAAUAAUGUGAAUAAUUAAAAUAAAUAGUUAAUCUGGAAACAUAAUUAUUGGUGUAAAAUGCUAUUAACUAUAAGAAAAAUGAAUAAAUGAUUAAUAAUGAUGGAAUCACCGUUUCAAAUCAAUUUAUGAAUAAGUUUAAUAAUUACUUGAACCAAUAAAAUUAUUUUAGUAUGAUGAUUGAGAUUAUGAAAUAAGCUAUGAAAAAAGCACUCUUUCAAAUUUUAAAUAAAAUUGUUAGGAAAAACAGUUUGUAAAAGCUUUAAUUCAAGCUGUAGAAAUAGAAAUAAUUGAUAAAAUAUAAAAAUAAAUCUUUAAGUCAAGAAUAAAGAAAUAAGAUAAAUUAUAAAUAAGUCAAUAUGAAUGAAUAAUCAAUAUCCAAUAAAAUCAUAAUAACCAUAAAUUCUUAAUCUAUUUGUCGAUUUCAAUUUAUAGAAAUUUAUUUAAUUAUUAGAAAUUUCAAAUUGAAUCUAAGUUAUUUUUUUUAAAUCAUCUUAUUCUUAUUUAUCAAAAUUAUCAGACCUACAUUUAUUUUUUUAAUAUUAAUAAUUAUAGAAAUUAUAAAUCAUCAAAGAAAUCAAUUUUAGAAACAAAUUCACAAAAAAAAUAUAAGAUUGAUCAAUUUAUUUUGUGAAUCGAAAAUUCUACUCUAACAAUGGAAAUAACUUUUUAAGCUUUUGUUAAUACAUUCUAAUUUAGAAUCUUUCUAAUUUGCAAGAAAGUUUUUAGUAUUUCUUCUAAUCUAUUUUAGUAGCCUUAUUUCAAACAUGAUCACAAAUAUUAUUUAUUUUUCUAAUUUGAUGCAGAAAUCAAGCAGUUUGAACUUCAAUAUCAGUUUUCUUUGAUGCUCUGUUGUUUGAUAAUAGAUGGUUCGAAACAAACCUUCUACAAACAUUUAUUAUUAUUCAACUAAGUUCAACC